GGCUAUCGAGAAAAUGAAACUUAUCUUCAAAACGUUUCCACUGACGGGAUCUGCAAGGAAAGAGGUCGCCUCCCUUUACGACGAAAAACAUGGCCAGCAAACAUUUUCCCCCACGUAAACUCCAAUCAGAGGAACAACAGCUGCGGAUUGUGCUUGUUGGGAAGACUGGAGUUGGGAAGAGCACUACAGGAAACACCAUCCUUGGGAAAAAAGCAUUUCAGUCUGGACUGUCCUCUUCUUCAUUGACAAUGACAUGUAAAAAGGAAACUGGAACUUUUAAAGGGCAGCAUCUGGCUAUUGUUGAUACUCCUGGUCUGUUUUCCACCAAAGCACCAGACGGAGAACCAUUAAAAGAGACACUCAAAAUACCUGGUGUAUCUGACACAAACACGAAGAUGCUUCAUGAGAUUGCUAGGUGCAUCUCUUUUUCUGCUCCUGGUCCUCAUGUGUUUCUGGCUGUUCUCCAGAUUGGCAGAUUUACACCAGAGGAACAGGAAACGGUGAAACUCAUCAAGAUGCUCUUUGGAGAAGAGGCAGAAAAUUACACUAUGGUUCUGUUCACUCAUGGUGAUGACUUGAAAGCCGAAGGGGAUUCAAUAGAGAAACUGAUCAAUGAUAAUGAACACCUUAGCAAAUUUGUCAAGCAGUCCAAAGGUGGGUACCAUGUCUUUGACAACAGGGACAAGGAUCCAUCUCAGGUUGACGAGCUGCUGCAGAAGAUAAAAAGCAUGGUUCAGGGAAAUGGAGGAAGUCAUUACACAAAUGAGAUGUACCUGAACGCCGAGAAAGCCAUAAAAAAUGAAAUGCAAAGCCUAAUUAAAAAAAGUCCAACAAUGACAGAGGAAGUAGCAAGAAAAAUAGCUGAAAAUACUGAUCUCAUCAUUAAGAUAGUGGGUGGUCUUCUUUCAGUUUUAGUAAUAGCAGGAGGUGUUGCUGCAAAAGUGGGACGAUGCAUUUUACACCAGCGCUUCGUUGUCAGCGUCCGUUGCGUCACCCUCCGACCUAAGCUCAUUGAUUUGGCUAGGUCAAGCCUCGGCUCUGAGCUGACAAUGGUCCUUGUAGGACAGGAGAGAGUGGGUAAGAGCGCAGCAGGGAACACAAUCCUGGGAAGACCGGCGUUUGAAUCCAAGCUAAGUUUCAGACCCGUGACUCUGAAAUGCCUGAAGGGAGAAGGCGUUGUGUGUGACAAGAGGCUGAACGUGGUGGACACCCCUGGACUCUUCAACAGUGAGCUCUCUAAAAGUGAGGUGGAUGCAGAGUUUGAGGAGGCCUUGCGGCUGAGCUCCCCAGGCCCCCAUGCCUUCUUACUCGUCCUACAACUGGGACGCCUCUCCGAACAAGAGAAGAAAGUGAUGGAAACGUUAGAGAAAAUGAUGUGUCCCUCCAUUAGUGACCACACUUUGGUGCUCUUCACUUAUGGAGACCGACUGGGUGACACUGACAUGACGCAUUUCAUCAGGGAGGACAAGAACCUGGAGAAAUUAGUUCAGAAAUGCGGUUGGCGAUAUCAUGUGUUUAACAACCGUGAUGCAGGAAACAUUCAACAGGUGAAAGAACUCCUGGACAAAAUAGAUGCCAUGACAGAGCAAGGACAGCUACGGUAUCUAAAGAAUUCUUCCAGAUCAGAAGAAGUCUGGACUGAUCUUCAGGAUGAAACAACUGAUCCAAGUGAUAUGGAGAGUUUUUGUUUUCUGGAAAGGAAACCGCAAUCAGGGGAACAACAGCUGCGGAUUGUGCUUGUUGGAAAGACCGGAGUUGGGAAGAGCACUACAGGAAACACCAUCCUGGGGGAUAAAGCAUUUCAGUCUGGGCUGUCCUCUUCCUCAUUGACAAUGAAGUGUCAAAAGGAAACUGGAGAGUUUGGAGGGCAGUCCCUGGCUGUUGUUGAUACUCCUGGUCUGUUUUCCACCAAAAUACCUGACGGAGAACCAUCAAACGAGACAUUCAAAAUACCUGGUGUAUCUGACGCAAACGUGCAUACGCUUUCUGAGAUUGCUAGGUGCAUCUCUUUGUCUGCGCCUGGUCCUCAUGUGUUCCUGGUUGUUUUCCAGAUUGGCAGAUUCACACCAGAGGAGCAGGAAACGGUGAAACUCCUCAAGACGUUUUUUGGAGAAGACACAGGACGUUACACUAUGGUUCUGUUCACUCAUGGUGAUGACCUGAAAGCCGAAGGGGUUCCAAUAGAGAAACUGAUCAAUGAUAAUGAAGACCUUAGCCAGUUUGUCCAGCAGUGCAAAGGCGGGUACCAUGUCUUUGACAACAGGGACAGGGAUCCAUCUCAGGUUGAUGAGCUGCUGUGGAAGAUCAAAAGCAUGGUGCAGAGAAAUGGAGGAAGUCAUUACACCAAUGACACAUUCCUGAGAGCCGAAAGGGCCAUAAAAAAGGAAAUGCAAAUCCUAAAGACGCGAAAUCCUAUGAUGCCAAUGCAAAUAGUAAGACAAAUAGCUGAAAAUGCUUAUUCCAUCAUUCAGAUGCUGGUUCGUAUUCUUUCACUUAUAGCAAUAGCAAGAAGUGCUGUCACAUACGUGGGACGAUGCAUUUUACAGUAAAAUGUUCAGUGUUACAAAUUCAUGUCGAUGUGCUUUGAUGAUGAGCCAUCUUCUCAAAAAAUAAACUGCAGCA